AUGUCAUGCUCUAAGACUUCAAACAGCAGCAGAAACAACACGCUGAAAAGCCAAAAGCAAGGAAAGAAGAAGCAUGCUAGAAGUGACUCUCUUAAAGAGAUUGUAGACUGCAAAAACAAGACUGACCAGUCUGAAGCUGUCGCCAAUCACUACAAUACAGAUAAUCAACAAAAUGGAUUCCCCUGUUUUGUCUCAGACCCCAACAACGUUAGCGCCACUACGGCCACCCCAAACAGCAUCAUCAUUGACAACACUACCAGCUCCAGCAACAACAUGGACAAGCUCAACAAUGGAACUAGUCCUCACAACCUAUCCCCUGCAGGUUGCCCUCUCCCAGAACUAGUCAUCUCUAGUGAGGGAGAAAUGACUCUUGACGAAACCGACGAUACACUAGACGACAGCUCAGGUCACCAACAGAUUAAACUUCGCAGACCGCGCCAACUUCAGACUCCAAAAUAUAAAAUACCCAAAAAUAAUCCGCCUCCCAAAAGUGAACUUUAUGGUCAAAAGUACGUCAAAUCCAAACGACCCAGUUUUAGAAAUACAUUCCGAAUUCACAAAGGCAAGGCUACAGUGAAACAUAUAUUAUCGAAAAAGACAGCAACAAAUGAAAAGAAAGCUUCCAAAGUUCUUGGUAUCAUUUUUCUAGUCUUUGUCGUGUUGUGGACUCCGUUUUUCGCUGUAAAUAUUUUGAACGCUAUGUGUGAGAGUUGCAUGAGAAACCUCACUAAAGAAGUCAUGUCAUUGUUUUUGUGGAUGGGCUAUGUUGCAUCGCUGGCAAAUCCCAUCAUUUAUACCAUGUUUAACACGGCUUUCAGAAGGACGUUUAUUAAGAUACUCACGUGUAAAAUCCAGCGGACGUUCUGGAGCAAGUCGAGCGAUACUCAUUACAUGAGCUACACGACCAUGCUAGCAAGUGAGCGACGGAACACUAUGACCGUUGUUUUGAGAGAUGAAUCCAAGUAG